AUGGCUGCUGGCUGCUGGACUUGUAAAGAUCGCAAGGUCCGCUGCGACCUGCGGCAGCCCUCGUGCGCAAACUGCGCUCGGUCGAAGAGAAAAUGCGCUGGAUACGGCAUGAGACUGUCGUGGCCACGGCCAAACGACCGGCGACGCUCCAUGGUUCAUGAGCCAGACAAAUCCUCGCGUGCCAAUCCCGAGAGCGAGAAGGCUCUCCACUUCAUCAAUACAUAUACUUGGCAUGUGGCCAUGUAUGGGUCAUCUUCCGACGGAAGCUAUUCGAAGCUUGUCACCAGACCCCCUGGCCCUUUGCUGUACUCGCUAUCUUUGAUCAACCGGGAUGAGUCUAUGCUUCUAGACUAUUACAUACGGGCAGACACAAUGGUUCCUGGCGCAGACCCUCCCCGGCCGUUGAUGCAGGUGAUUCUCCAGAUGGCGCUUGCAGACUCUACACCUUCUUCCAAAGCUGUGCUACAGGGUAUCUUGGCGUUGUCGUCGCUUCGCUUGUCAGGAAACUCUACCGCCUUCGCACACAAGACAAAGGCUAUAUCUGCCCUUGCUCGGUCGUUGAGCCUCGAUAAGACGCGCGAGUUAACAAGCAAGACUGUUGUUGCGAGCAUGCUUCUCUAUCUAUAUGAGGUUAUUCACUUCCCUUCUUCCCUCUGUCAAAUGCUGGUAACUAAUGUAGACAACUCGUAG